AUAUCAGAAGACUGUCAAUCAUCGCUCGCAGCUGAUGCGGGACCAGCCGAAGUCUCCCCGAGAUGUUGUGGUUUACUGGACCGAGUACGCCAUCCGCCACAAGGGGGCGCCACAUCUGCAGUCCCCUGUCAAGGGAAUGGCUUGGUACCAGAUCUACAACGUUGACGUCUGGCUGUCCUUGAUUGUGAUCUCAAUCGCGUGUCUCUAUUUGGACAUAAAAAUAAUAAUUGCUCUGGUGAGACGAUGCUGUUAUAGGACGAAGACCACCGGUGAGCUCAAGAAGAAAAAAGAGUAGCCUGUGCUCAACUUGGGUAAUAGAUAGGGGUCACUAAACCAAAUGAAAAGC